ACUCGCGGCGGCUACCUAACGAACGCUGAAUAAUUUCGUAGUUAGAACAGAACUGCGCUGCUGCUAGUUGCGCACCACAUUGCUCAACGCUCAACGGAUUGAUCGGCUAUAUAAAGACCAGGGAUCGACCUUGAAGCACAAUUCAUACUCACAAGUCCAUACCAAGAACUCGAGAAACAAGAUGGCUAGAAUAAGCAACAUCCCGUCGUCUCUGCCACUGCUAUUGGCCACGGCGUUUGCAUUGGCCGGGGUCACCGCCGGAGCGCGCACCGGCGGCAUCGCCAUCUACUGGGGCCAGAACGGCAACGAGGGGACGCUGGCGCAGACCUGCGCCACGGGCAACUACAAGUUCGUCAACGUGGCGUUCCUCCCCACGUUCGGCAAGGGCCAGACGCCGGUGCUGAACCUGGCCGGCCACUGCGACCCGGCGAGCAACGGGUGCACGGGCGUGGGCGCGGACAUCAUUGCGUGCCAGCGGAUGGGCAUCAAGGUCCUGCUCUCCAUCGGCGGCGGAGUCGGCAGCUACGGGCUCUCGUCCCGGGACGACGCGAGGACCGUCGCGGCGUACCUCUGGAACAACUACCUCGGCGGCCGGUCCAAGUCCAGGCCCCUCGGCGACGCCGUCCUCGACGGCAUCGACUUCGACAUCGAGAGCGGCGGGAGCAUGUACUGGGACGACCUGGCCAGGUUCCUCAAGUCCUACUCCCGGCACGGGCGGAAGGUGUACCUGGCCGCGGCGCCGCAGUGCCCGUUCCCGGACGCGUCGCUGGGCACGGCGCUCGGCACGGGGCUGUUCGACUACGUGUGGGUGCAGUUCUACAACAACCCGCCGUGCCAGUACAGCGCGAGCGCCGGCGUGGGCGGCCUGGCGAGCGCGUGGGCGCAGUGGACGCCCAUCAGGGCCGGCCGGGUGUUCCUCGGCCUCCCGGCCGCGCCACAGGCCGCGGGCAGCGGGUUCGUGCCGGCGAGCGACCUCGUGGCGCAGGUGCUGCCGGUGGUCAAGAACUCCACCAAGUACGGGGGAAUCAUGCUCUGGUCCAGGUACUACGACGGGCUCACGGGGUACAGCGACGCGGUCAAGUCCCAAGUGUGAGAGCAGGCAGGCCCUCGUGUCAUGUCGGGCGUGUCUGUAGGCAUUGUACUGACGUCGCUUAAAGAAGCGACCGGGGGGAAAAAAAUCAACUUGCAAAUAGUGCUUCUCUACUUGUCAUAAACCAAUUUUCACUUA